AUGAAAAUAUUUGUGAAAACACUCACUGGGAAAACCAUCACGUUGGAAGUAGAGAGUUCGGACAACAUAGACAAUGUGAAGGCAAAAAUUCAAGACAAAGAGGGGAUCCCGCCAGAUCAGCAGAGAUUAAUCUUUGCUGGUAAACAGCUUGAAGAUGGCCGUACGUUGGCUGAUUAUAAUAUCCAAAAGGAAUCAACUUUAUAUUUGGUGCUUCGUCUGCGUGGUGGAAUGCAGAUUUUUGUCAAGACACUGACAGGAAAGACCAUUACUUUGGAGGUGGAAAGCUCGGACAUCAUUGAUAAUGUUAAGGCUGAUGUCCCAAAAUAUGUUAAAGUUUAUCACUCAAGGUUUGAAGAAUUUCAGCAGCUAUUGCAGUUCCUGGUGUUAAGGGAAUAA